GAAAUUAUAAACAAAUGCAUUUGCGAUACAAAUAACUAAAAGUUAACAUUCCAAAUUCAAAUUAGUAAAAAAAAAAUAACUGUCAAUAACAUUUUUUUUUUCAAUACUUAUGAACACACGAGGUAGAAAAAGCUUGGGGUUUAGUUUUGGUUUAUCCUACUAAGAUUAAUUGAUGUAUUUUGUGUCAUAAUGUUUAUAUACAUUUAAUUGAAAUUAAUUAUUGAAUCUAUUUUGAUUUGUUUAGGAAAAUGACUCUACACAAAUGAAUAGAAGCGCGCAACGUAUUGAAACGGAGAUAUUGAACUCUUACCAAUUACCGAAAACUCCACCACCAGUGAGCGACGACGUGGUAGUUGGCGAACUAGGAUUUAAGCCACGUCGUGCGUGCAAUUGCACCAAGUCUCAGUGCUUAAAGUUGUACUGCGACUGCUUCGCUAACGGCGAAUUCUGCAAUCGGUGCAACUGUGAUAACUGCCACAAUAACCUCGAAAAUGAGGGCCUACGACAAAAGGCCAUACGUGCUUGUCUGGAAAGGAAUCCCAACGCCUUCAGGCCUAAAAUAGGAAAAACGAAAGCUGGCGGCCCAGAAAUAAUAAGAAGGCAUAACAAAGGCUGCAACUGUAAAAGAAGUGGUUGUCUCAAAAACUAUUGCGAGUGUUACGAAGCGAAGAUAGCUUGCACGUCAAUGUGCAAAUGCGUCGGGUGCCGUAAUGUAGAAGAGGGUUUGCAACGACGUCAUCCGCCUGUUUCUUCGCUAUACAGGCCGCCGCCACCCACAGACAUCAAACAACCGUGCAGUUUCAUGACGGCGGAGGUGAUAGAGGCGGUGUGUCAGUGUUUGAUCGCCGCGUCGGUGGACAGCAGCGAGCGGGCGCGGCCCGAGGAGGAGGCUGAUCCCGUGCGUGACGUCAUCGAGGAGUUCUCCCGUUGCUUACAAGACGUAAUCAGCGCGUCACACCACGCCGCGCCCCACCAUCUCUCCCACGAGGUUAGUGUUUUGAUAUGGAACUGGUCAAGAGCGAAUCGAAUUUGCGCCUAGAGGUUCCAGAGCACAUUAUUUAUUUAUUUACGCAAGCUUUUUUGCAAUACAGCAGAGGGCGGACUUCAUGACAUUCUCUG